GUGUUUCCAUCUUUCUUCGUCAGGCUAACGGCCGGGAGGAUGACACUUUGACCGGCCCCAAGAAACUGCCACACGAUAGCGAAAUGAUAAUUAUUUGUUCGCCCGCCUGGCCUGUGCGUGCCGUGUCGCUCUGCUGCGCGUGCUGAGCAAAAUUCCCUUCUACAUACGCACAAGUCCGUGCCCACUGGUGCCCACCCCGACCGACCGGCGCAGAUGGACACGUCGGAAAGUGAAAUAAGGACACUGAAGGACACUUGAGGAGAGAAGGGGAGAAGAAAAAAAACAACACGAGGCACCGAGUGUGCACAAUUGAACCAAACGGAUUGUUCGCGAUUUUAUCUAAGCCAGGAUAUCAGGAGAAAUUGCAGACGACGCCGCCCGAGCUCUGACGAGUUGAAGACAAUAACAAUUCGUGACAGACGAUAUGGAUGACGAAACGCUGAAUAAACUGGCAGCUGAAGCUUUACUAGAGGAAGCUAAACUUGGUGCACGAAGGGCUGAAAUAAUGGGUCCCAGUGGAUGGGUAAAACCUAAAGAAACCGUUAACAAAAGAUUCCUUCAUUCAACAUUACGAAAUGCAGUAAUAUCAAACAAGCAUCGAUCACUGAAGAAAGAUAAAGUGAAUGUUCAACCCCGUAAAGCAGACGCCGUUAAAAAAUCGUAAUGCUAGUAUCAUUCUUGCGUAUUUCUGGUAUUUUUGAACAUUUCUCAUUUCUCAUUAGGAGGGAGAAGAAGAGAUGUGAUAGAUAUUGUUAUUAAAAUAAACAACUGUAGUUUUUUUUUUAUUUAUUCUAUUAUAGUACAUUCAUUCAUGUUAUAAUUAAAUAUUACAUAUUUUUGUAUGAAAUAAAAAAAGAAUUCUAUAAAUAUACCAAUAAACAGUACAAAA